UUAAGCUCUAGGUAGUACACAGGGGAAGGGCGCGUGGGAGGUCUUGCGAUGGGAGAGGGCCACGGAGACACUUUCGAGGGGGUGAGCACAGACCGCCUGAAGCUGGAGCUGCUGGAGGAGAUCCACAUGAAGGAUGUCGUGCAGCUCUCCACACUUGAGAUACGGCAUAAGAUAGCAGAGCUGGAGGCCAACCUCAACACUGACCUUGCAGGCAGCGAGUGGAAAACCCGAUACGAGACCCAGCUGGAACUGAACGACCAGUUGGAAAAGCAAAUCGUGUCUCUGAAAGAGAAAAUGGAAAAGGUCCGUGGGAACCCUUCAGAUAGACUGUCUUCCAUCCGUGUCUACGAAAAGAUGCCGGUGGAAUCUUUAAACCUAUUACUUAAACAACUAGAAAAAGAAAAAAGGAGUCUUGAGAAUCAAGUGAAAGAUUAUGCACUUAAACUGGAGCAGGAAUCAAAGGUAUUCCAUAGGACCAACAGUGAGCGCCGUUCCUACAUCUCGGAGAUGAGUCAGGUUUCUGGCUUAACUCAAGUAUCUAAGAGGCAACAGAUGGACCCGCUGCCUAGAAUGAAAGAGAGUCCUGUGAAAACUGGAAGACACAGUUCCGUGAAUCAGAAGACAACAAAUGCUAAGAAAGGACCAGUUAAAAAGGUUUCAAGAUCAAACCAUCUUCCAAAACUCAACCCGUGAUUCCAGAACUGGGCAGACUUCUAUUUUUAUCCAUCUCUUUCUUCAGUCAGCGUCUUCAGUUAGGGAGUUACAUUCCUCAGGGGAGGAAAUCGCUCUUUCAAAAGUUGAUUCCUCUGCCUGCAUAAAAGUCACAUGUCUCCAGUGACUCUAAAAAUCCAGUACAUGUGCUUGUAGUUCUUACAAUACUUAGGAGGGAACCUGAAGGUUGACAUCAUUCUGACAUUCUCAGUAGAGUGUUUCUGAUACACUCUGAUUGCACUUGUAUGUUGUAUUUGGCUUCUAAAAUGACAGUUAAGUAAAACUAUAUAUUAUUUUAUACAUUAUAUAGAUAUAAAAUAAUAUAUAUCUACCUUUUUGUUAUUUUAGAUUGCAUCAUGCUCAGUUCAGCGUUUUAAAAUCAAGGUUUCAUCAUAAUCCCAGAUGACAAGCAUAGGAAAGUUUCAGGGAAAUACUGCGGAUAACUUCACCAUGUACUACAUUGUUCUUGGACAACCCCAACCCCCAACCCCCGAUGGUAACCUUGAGGAUUUAAGACCAAUCCUAUUGCCUCGUGCUUAUUUCCGACAUCUAUACAAUGACUAUGGUAAAGUUUAUAAGAUUUCUAGAAAGCCUAUUCAGUCACAGGGGCCUGCCACUUUGUGAGUGGCAUUAAAGUCAUUUUGUGAUAUUUACUAACUCAGAACAAUGGUCUUGUCUCUGGACCAAACUUUGCAAGAGUUUGGAAUGCUGGAGACUAGAAGGAAAUAGAGGGCGAAUAAGACAUUGUUUUUAGGACAUUGUCGAGUUUUAUUCAUGUUUAGGAUGUUUUGUGACUUGAAUUUUUUUUGUAAUUGUAAUCUAGGUCAAGAAGAUCCUUAUAACUUACUUGCCCAUUUAACUAAGAGAAAUUAUUGCAAUUUAAAUUUCUUGUGCAUGUUUAAGCAAGUGAUGUUUUGACCUGUAUCUGAUGAGAAAUGUCAUUUGUUUCAUUUUAUAUGUAAUGUGUCCUUUACACCUGAGGGGUUUAUGUUUAUGUAUGUAUGUAUGUAUGUAUGUAUGUAUGUAUCCAUGUAUUAUGCAUAAUAUGUACAUGUAUGUGUAGAUAAUAGAACCAUAAUGCUGUUCUCAGAAACUUGCAGUAGCUGUGUCUGCCUGCACAAGAUCAAGAUAGCCAAAAUUCCAACUCCAGUGAUGGAGGGACAGACACAUGGGCCUCACCCCUAGCUGAGGAGCUGAUGACAGUGAGGGCUUCUAGAAGAGGGAGAGUCCUUCCUUUUAAGGGUGUGGUCUCUGGUAGGUUCAAAAUGAUCCAGUAGAUGGCCCCACAUCCAUGUAUUUAUGGACAAUACUAAGUGAUUUCAAUGGAAUAUAUGUAUACAUGUAUAUAUGUGUGUAUAUGUAGGAUAUCUGGGAGUUGGGAGGAAGUGUGUAUGUAUAUGAAACAAAUACAAUGUAUACAUGUGUGAAAGAUAUGCUAUUGGGAGGGAGUUAUGGGGAGAUCUGGGAAUUGGGAGAAAGCCAGUAUGUAUAUGAAACAAAUACAUUGUAUAUGAAAUUAUCAAAGAAUAAAAUAUAUUAAUUAAGUGGAAUAUUGGCAUG